CAACCGAUGUGAGACUUCUUAACACAUGUAUUGUCUGGUAUCAUCCAAAAAGAAACACUAUAACAUUCAAACAAACAAUUUUGCAUUUACAUUAGAAAAAAAGGGAUGAACAUGAAGCUACUCAAGAAACUCCAUCUUCUUCAAUUCUUACUCCUAUUCAAUCUCAUAUUAGGUUCUUCUAUACACCAUCAUAAUCAUACAAAAUACUAUGGGAAUAUCACAACUCAACCACCUUUCUUGACUUCAAAUUCUUCUAUACCUUCUUUAGUAAGGAUAUCUGUUAACAUUCCAAAUCAUGUACCAGAGAUUUGCAAAGGGUGUGAAAAGCCUAAUGGUAGCUGUGGUGCUGGGUUGAAUUGUUUGUGUCAUCCAAAAGAGUGCAAAGACAAGGUUAUUUCGAAGGUUAGAUCCAUAAAAUCUACUGGAAAUGUGUUUUUCUCUUUGCUUUCUUUAAUCGGUACAAUAGCCUUUCUCAUGGAUGCUUAAGUCUAACAAGCUUAUCCACGGAUCGAAUUAUUAGUAUAAAUUUUAAAUCACGGUUGCAGUUGUGCCAUCGUUCUUGAUGUUGCGGAGAAUCAAAGUGAAAAAUGGCUGAUGCAGCUUCAAUGAAGAUCAGAUUAUGGUAGCAGAGGCACAAAAAAAUCUUAAUUUUACGGCCUAAAUCAAAUAUGUAGACCUUAAUUUCUUGCUCAUCAUGAAUAUGUUAUCUAAUAUCUAUUGUUGUUGAAUCUCAAGUUUUUGAUAUAACUGGUAUAAAACAGCAAUUACUUCUGGUUAGUCAUGUCUGUAAAUCGCGGUUUACCUUACCUAACUUUAUAGGUAAGGUAAUUGUAUUCGAAAGCAGCUGCAGUUCGUUUGUAUUAUCAGUAAAAGAUUAGGUUUAUAGUA